AUGCUUAUCUUCUUGUUUCACUCCUUACUUUGUUCCAUUUAUUUGGUCAACUCGAGAACAAUCACGCUUAGAGUUCCUGAUAGUAGCAGUUCGGAAUUCUCGUAUGAAACUGCCGCGGAACAGUUUGGACGAUCAGAUCAAAAUGGUGACAACAAGUUAUCGUUUGAUGAAUAUCUUCAUUUGGAUUUACCUUACGAAAAAAUGAAGAAGUAUGAAUUCAAACAAAUUGACAAAAAUCGUUAG